CUUAUUCUUCCUGUGACGUACUUCCUGUAGCUGCAUUUUAAAAAAAAUAUCCGAGGAACGCGCUACAAACAUUAUCAACCAUUUAAUCACAGUUGUCCCUACUGUUAUUGCAACGCAUGACAAGUACAGGAAAACUUGUCUUACACAAGUGUACUAAUUAAAGUAGGUGCCACAAUUUUUUAAAGAAACAAAAUGUCAUUUAAAAGACCGGGAAAAGUUUCUGCAUUCCAGGUUCAGAGGGAGGAACAGAGAAAAUGCAGGCAAACUCGAUCUUACAGAAGUUCUAAUUAUAGAGCAAGAUCCAGCAGUUAUGAUUCUCCUUCUCGAAGCAGCGAGAGAAGUCUGAGUAGUGAUAGACUGCUGCAUGAUGACUACGAAAGACAGAGACUGAGAGGUCACAGAAAUCAAGAAGGAGGUAGUGACAGCCACUUUCUUGAUAUGACCACCAGCUACAGUGAAGGAAGAGAGUCAUUGCUAGAACAUAACUCUAAGAGAUCCACAAAAACCAUGCCGCACAGCAGUGGAAACAGCGACAGCUGCAAUCGUAGUCAGUAUCCAGGCAGAGAUAAGUUGGAGAGAAACCACAGCAGCCAAUGUAAAGAAGAGGGUUAUGGAGAUGUAAGAAGAAGUGAUCAUCACAGAACAGUCAAGAGGAGAACUACUUGGUGGUUGAUGUUCGUCAAGAGAGAAGCCAACAGUGGAAUUCAGAUCAGUAUUCUGAUUCUGAUGAAGAGCUGCUUCAUGAAAGUUUAAGGCGUAAGAAACACACCGAUCCAUAUUUGUCAGAAGAGGAUGAUAAGAGUUGGUCACCUGAUAGAUACAGUUUGGAAAAGAACAAUCAAGAGAAAAUGCGUAAGAGAAAACUGAAGGGAAGUAACAGGCAUGACUCUCCAGGCCCUUCACGCUCUUCUAAGGUCUGGAAGCAAGACAUGAGCUGUGGAUCCUCUGCUGUCAGAAAAAGUGAAGAACCAGACUCAGAAGGAGAAAAACAUUUAAUAUCAAGCCAGGUUCCCAAGAAAAAAACAAAAUCUAGAAAAAAUUUUAAAGGGAAGGAGAAAAAACAAAAGACCUCUAUGUCAAAUAAUGCACAAGUUACAGGGUUGAAACUUGGUCAGAAGGGAAAAAUCCCAUCAUUGAUGGAUUUAGAAUUCCCACCAUCUAUCUCGGCAAGAAACUUGGAAAAGGGUCCUGCAGAUGUCCAGCCAAACUACAGCAGUACUUCCCAUGGAGAUAAGCAUGGACGCUUUACUGAUGCAGAAUUUGAUGAUAGGUCUAGGUCAGAGUACAGGAGUCAAAGUGAGAGUGGUGCAGAGGUGCAAGCAGGUUUCCGGGUGCAUGACAGAGACACUAGGCACUUGGAGAGCCACACACGUAAAAGUGGUGGGGACCGCAGGUUGCUACCCUCCGAGUAUGAUAUUGAACACCGUUGUCCUGAUUAUGUAGAUUAUGAUGGCCACAGGGAUAACAUACGUUGCGGAAACUAUGAGGCGGACUAUAGACACUAUGAGCAAGAUGAUUCUGUUAGCAGCCGAAGGAACAAGCAUAGCUACAUUGAUCAAGAUGCUCCUAGAGGCAAUACUGGCAGGCUUGUGGACAGCCGGUCACCAGAUUUUCACAGGCACAGUGACAGUGAUCAAGACUCUGACCGAGAUGGCACCAGAAGAUCAUGGAGGGAAGAAAAACGAAGUCGGCAUUCUAAAAGGAAGAAUGAGAAGUCUGUAGAUGAUGAAGCAAAGGUGAAGGCUACAAAAAAUGUUCUUAAGAAGGACAAAAGACAUUCAGACAGGAUGAGCUCCUUGAAGAAAAGUGAAAAAAGUCAAUCAGGGAAACCAUCUGCUGAUCGUGUGGAGGAUGCUGACAGCAACAGUGACAACAAGAAGGGGGAGGUGGAAGCAGCAGUCAGACACCUUAUACUUCCGAUGCUGGAUUCACUGGUUGUGUUGCUCGCCCAUCCUCAUGAGAUAUGUCUCCGAGGACGUGCCAGAUUGUGUGUAGUGACAGGCAGCAUUAGCAUCAUGGGAUACCAGAUGACUGCUAAUCGCACGCGCCACUAUGAUGUCUACUCACCAGCAAGUUCCAGCUUUCUCACUGUCCGCACGCAGUCCAUGGAGAAAGACAAAAAGGUGCUUCGCAAAUCCCUCAAAGCGCUAGGCAUAGAGGAAAAACAGGUACACGACUUCAUGGAAGGGGCAGUCAUUCUGGUGGCUCGACGACUGAAUGCACCUGUUGUUGAUUUUAUCAGCUCAUUGCCAACAUUCUCCCAGCUCUUCAAGUUCAACCUGGAUCGCAGUGCUGGCAACAUGCCGCCACCUCCUCCCCACCACCAGCAGAUGGUGCGGACUGGGGUGGCCAUCUUGCCAGUAGAUCAAGUGCCCGGUACUACACUGCGCUUAACCAAUGACUUCGACAUGGCCUUGCAGAAGUGGCUGACAAUGAUCAGAGAGAAUGCUGUUGCACCAGUAGCUGUGAUGUGUGGAGGUCAGAAUUGUGGCAAGUCUACUUUAGCCCGCCAUAUGGUCAAUGCAGCUCUUGCUAUUGUACCUAGAGUUUGCUUUCUGGAAUGUGAUGUUGGUCAAACAGAGUUUUCUCCUCCUGGGUGUGUUGCACUCACCUUUGUGGAUAAGCCAGUGCUUGGUCCUCCAUUUUGCCAUCAGACUACAGCUGAAAGUAUGUGUUUUGUGGGACUGACAAGCCCUGGAGAGAGUCCAACCCGCUACAUCCACUGUCUGCAGCAUGUGUUCCGAACAUACAGGAAGCAGGAACCAGCACUACCACUAGUGGUUAAUACCAUGGGCUGGAACGAGGGUCUGGGUUUGAAGUUGUUCAUGGAUACGCUGAACCUGACAGCGCCAGACCUCAUUGUACAGAUGGACAGCAGCAACCAAGCUCUCAACUUUCCAGUCAUGACCCCAGAGCUGGUGGCCUUGGAACCUGGAUGGCUGUACAACACAGAUCCCAUUGAGGACAAAAAAGAAAAAAUUAAGGAAACCAAGAAACAUGAACUGGUGGUCAUUGACUCGCAGGUGUCCAAUCGAGACCCCAAGGCAAAGCUUACACCAAGAAACCAACGAGACCUUGCCUUGUUGGCCCACCUUAUCAAGGGCAUUCAACCUGGAGUUACAUUGACAUCUGCUGCCCCUUAUGCUGUUCCAUGGCGAAAGAUAGGCGUCUACAUAUGCCAUAGCCCUGUACCUUUAAAACGAGUUUUGUCAGCCUUGAAUGCCUCCGUAGUUGCCCUUUGCAAAGCAGACAUUUCACUGGCAACCAAGAAGAGUGAUGACCUACCACUUUCUUUGAGGAAGCACCAGUCUGUGACUGUCUUGGUUAUGGACUUGUCCGUGGUAUUGAUAUGAAGAAGGGUGUUUUGCUCAUUGUCACUGGGGUACCACCCAACCGGGUAGCUUCUGUGAACACACUGCUGAGGGGGGCCAUCACCAUCCCAGAUCAGCUGUUCUUUAAACAGGCAAACCUGGAUGAUGUGCCCUAUAUUGAUGCCUUGGAGCCUGGCACAGCAGUGUCAUCAGUGCGACCUCGAACCCACAUGCCUCGUCACACUCCAUAUUCUUGACUUUUGAGUGCCUGCCAUUAAUACAUGUAAUGGUUCAACAAGCUAGCUUAUGCUUUGACUUUGGACAGCUGACUUGGGUCACACUGUGUGACAUUUAGGUUAUAAAUUUGCAGUAUGUUUAGCAUACAUGGCUAUGUUCAGGAUAGGGUUAGGGCUAACCCUAACCCUAACCCUACAUGCCCUAUGUUCCUUGACUGUACAACUUUCUACAUAUUUAGAAAUGCACAUAGUAAAAAGAUACUUUUCCCUCCGUUGAUGCAAUCCAAACACCCAGCACUGCUUGCACACAGUAAUACAAUACUUUCACUUGGAGUUAGUGACGCAAACUAUGUACGUUGCAUCUGCACCUGCUUUUUCAUACAGACUCAACAUAAUAAGCACGUACCCACAAGAUUUGUUUUUCUCAAGGAAGAAAAAAGAUCUUUGAAUUUUGUAGACUCUCUACGUCUGUACAAUCUAUCCUUGUGAAGUCUUAGGAUAGUACUAAAUGUUGGCCAGUCUGUACACCCAUCCCACCCUUAUAGGUCUUCCCUUACGAUUCAGAAAGUGUUGGUGAAAAAUAUGCUGGACUGUGUUGACAACAAACAAUGAUUAACACAUGUUGCUGCUGAACAUAGAAAGGAGAAGCUGCUGAAAGUCUCCUGUAUGAAAUGUUUGAUUCUUGACCACUCUUUCACAUUGUCUUCUCCAUGAUUAUGGGGUUAACCUCUUUCCUGACCUUGUAGUUUGUGAUGAUGCAGCCACUCCGCAUCAGUUGAGAUCUGUAAUAUGGUUGUAUUUGUGCAGAGUACGGAGGAAAAUUCUGUAAUUUUCAUUCAUGUCUUAAAGAAAUUCAGUGGUUCAUAUUUCAUUUUUACUUGUUUACAUGUGUGUGUGUGAGAGAGAGUCACAUAAGCAAUUAAAGUUGAAUGUGCUAGAAGACUUGUUUGGAUUUUUUGUUUUUUUUUUGUCAUGAAAUUAAAGAUGUUAACAGGGUAACAACACAGUGUAAUGACAUAUUGCUGCUUGCUGACAAAAGUUUUGCUUAAGGAUGAAUGCUGUUAGGAACGCUUCCAGCACAUGUUAAGAUGAAGUGAUAAGUAGGGUCAUGGUGUUUCACCUUUGUACAAAGAAUUUUGGAAGCAGGGCUAGAACAACAGCUUCAUCAUGCAUAUUGAUGGCAUGAUAGUUAUUUUGCUAAAGAUUGAUUCUAUAGAAUCUUUUAUUUAGCUGAAGAGUAUGACAGGGGGAAAAGUGACUUUCAAAAUUGUCAGGAGAAUGUGUAUGUGUGAAAGGGUAUUUGCUAACUUUGAGCUGUACAAGAUACCAUAUUUAUAUGAUAUUGCUGUGCAGUGCUCCACAGCAUUUGACUUGAGCUUUGGGUUGUGACUUUUUCUCACUCACUGGAAGCAUCCUGAAAGGUGUCAUCUACUAGUGGUCAUCACUUAAUUCCUGUUUCAGGUAAAGGUGUUGCAUAGGGAAAAAAACUUGGUGUGUAUGGGGAAAAAAUGGAACAAAUAGGGCAUGCUUUGGCAACAUUUUAAUCAAUUUUGUUCAUAUUGUAAUAAUUUUGUAACGGUUGUGGAAAAAAUAACUCAUAAAUGGUUUAGGAAAAAGUCUUUAAAUAUCUGAAUAAAAUUAUUUGAAAAACA